AUCUACAUAUAGAACAGAACAAUAUAUCAAGUCCAAGUCCGAAGUAAUCUGAAAGGCAAAUAGAAGAGAAAAAUACACGGUCCUGAAACGCCCCUCCCAAAAUGCUUCCCAACUCCAUGCUUGUAGCAGCGGCAGCGGCGGCGGCGGCAGCAGUGCUAGUCUCUACCUUCUCUUUUGCUGUAAACGCUGAAACCGAAGCACAAGUUAAGCACGGGUGCCGGAGCCGCUGUGGCAACGUCCCCAUCCCAUACCCAUUCGGCACUGACGAUGGCCCCAGUGGCAGCAGCUGCCACAUAGACGAACAUUUCCUUGUUACCUGUAAUACCACUCUCGAUCCUCCCAAAGCGUUUCUAACCAAAAGCAACAUCCAAAUCCUCAACAUAUCACUAUUCACCGCCGAGAUCAUCAUCAAUCAGUGGAUUUCUUACGACUGUUACUAUAGCAAUGGUUCGCGCAAUACAAAAUACGAGAAUUGGCUCAAACUCAACAAGUUUCCUAUCUCCAACACACGAAACAAGUUUGUGGCUCUCGGCUGCGAUACCUAUGCCUACAUCUCUGGCAACAGCGGGCGGAGGUACACUACCGGGUGCAUGUCACUGUGUGAAAACACCAACUACGUGAUCAACGGAUCGUGCUCCGGCAUCGCCUGCUGCCAAACUUCCAUCCCCGAAGGCAUACGAAGCUAUAACAUCGAGCUUCAUAGCUACUACAAUCAUUCUGGGGUGACGGAGUUCAAUCCCUGCAGCUAUGCAUUUGUUGCCGUGGACGGAUAUUUCAAUUUCUCGUCCCUCGACCUUCUCGAUCUGCAGCAGAGAGAAUUGGCUCCCAUGGUGUUAGACUGGGCUGUUGGGAAUCAAUCAUGCCGUGAUGCCAAGAAGAAUCUCAAGAGUUAUGCCUGCAUGCAGCAUAGCGACUGCAUCGAUUCAGAGAAUGGUGGCGGGUAUUGGUGUAAUUGCUCCCGAGGCUUUGAAGGGAAUCCAUACCUUUCCAAUGGUUGCGUAGAUAUUAACCAGUGCCAAAGUCAACGGAGCCCCUGCAAUGAAACUGCAACCUGCCACAACUCUCCUGGAACUUUUAAUUGUGUCUGUCCAAAGGAGUACGAAGGGGAUGGAAAAAUAGACGGGAGUGGUUGCAGUCGCAUUCCAAAACCCAACCACUCACUUCGUUGGAUUAUUAUGGCGCUGGGUAUUUGCAUAAGCCUAUUAGUCAUGAUAUUGGGAUGUUCUUGGUUAUAUUGGGAUUUGAGACGAAGAGAGCUUAAAAGACUCGGAGAAAAAUUCUUUCUACAAAAUGGCGGCAUUAAGUUAAAGGAGUAUCUUUCAAAGCAUGAAAGAUCUACUGAGACACUCCAAAUCUUCACUAAAGAAGAGCUCGAAAGGUCAACAAACAACUAUGACCAAAGUAGAAUCUUAGGUCGAGGAGGCCAAGGAAUAGUUUAUAAAGGGAUAUUGUCAAACAAAACAAUUGUUGCUGUCAAGAAAUCCACAACAAUUGAUGAGAGCCAAAUUGAUCACUUCAUCAACGAAUUGAUUAUUCUCUCUAAGAUCAACCAUAGACAUGUGGUGAAGCUCUUGGGAUGUUGUUUGGAGACGAGAGUUCCAUUGUUAGUCUAUGAGUUUAUCAACAACGGAUCUCUUUACGACCAUCUCCAUUGUGCAGACCAAGCAUCCCUUUAUAUUACUUGGGAAACUCGUAUGAGUAUCGCAAUAGAAACUGCUGGGGCCAUUUCAUAUUUGCACGAUGCAACAUCCAUUCCCAUCAUUCAUAGAGACAUCAAGUCUGCCAAUAUAUUACUUGACAACAACAAUAGUGCAAAAGUGUCUGAUUUUGGGGCUUCGAGGUUAGUCCCUAAAGAUCAAGCUCAAUUGAUGACAAUGGUAGAGGGGACACUUGGAUACUUGGAUCCAGAAUACUUGCACUCAAAUGAACUAACUACAAAGAGUGAUGUCUAUAGUUUUGGGGUUGUUUUGGUUGAGUUACUCACAAGUAAGAAGGCACUCUCUUUCCAUAGAUCCAAGCAAGAGGUAAAUCUAGCUACAUUCUUUGCUUCUUCCAUGAAAGAGGAUCGCUUGUUUGAAGUUAUUGAGAGUGGAUUGAUGAGUGAGAAAAAUGCGAAGCAAAUUAAGGAAGUUGCUGUGUUAGCAAUGCAAUGCUUGCAAUUAAGAGGGGAAGAAAGGCCCACUAUGAAGGAAGUAGCUUUGGAGCUAGAGGGAUUAAGACUACUGCAGAACCAUUCAUGGACAAAAGAUGAUCAAAAUGGAGAAGAGACUCAUGGCUUGCUCAAAGAUUGUUUUCCCAUUGACAAUGGUGGCAGUAGCACCACUAAUAUAGAAGGGUUUGAUAGUAUGAGAAGCCAUCAAGUCACGUUGCCUUUUGGAAAUGGCCGUUGAUUGUAGUGUAUAAUAGAAAAAAUUUAUGAUAUAAGUCUUUGUAAGAUGUGUAUGACACACCUCCCAAAGGUGCGUUUGAUAUAAGAAUAUCAUCAUUUUAUAGAAUAGAAUUUCAUGGAAUGAUGUACAUCUAGUCCUAAAUAAAGUGUUUCGAACUUGUUUAAUUAA